CUGUUCUGUCCGCUGCACUUUCUUCCUUCCUCUCUUUUUCAGCUUGCAUUGCUGCCAAACAGAACAAACACACCCACUUCUCUCUUCGAGACACGCACACAGAGCAGCACAAUGUUCAUCACUAUUAAGACACUGAAGCAGGAGACGUUCAAGGUCGAAGUCGACGAGUCCGACAAGGUCCUCACCAUCAAGCAGAAAAUCGAAGAACUCCAGGGUCACCCCGUCAGCAGUCAGAAGUUGAUCUUCUCUGGCAAGAUUCUUGUGGACGAAAACCCUGUCUCACAGUACAAUAUCACGGAGAAGGACUUUUUGGUGAUUAUGGUUACCAAGGCCAAGACCUCCUCAGCAUCAGCCUCCAAGCCAGCUGCCGCUGCCACUGCCGCUACUUCUUCGUCAGCACCCAUUGCAGCAUCUGUCGCAGCACCCGCACCACCUGCACCGGUCAUCCAGACGCCGGUUGAGCAGGCACCAGCUGCUGCCCCCGCUGCUUCUCCUGCAAUUGGCGAGAAUCCUACGCCUGCCGCUUCUACGGAGCCGACUGCCCCUGCUGACUCAGCCGACAAUGCUCUCUUGACCGGUACUCAUUUUGAGACCGCUAUCCAAAACAUGAUGGAAAUGGGAUUUCCCAGAGAACAGUGCAUGGCAGCGAUGAGAGCCAGCUUCAACAACCCUGACAGAGCUGUCGAGUACCUGAUGACCGGCAUUCCUGAGCAUCUCCUUGCUCAAACAAGUGCACCUGCACCUGCUACUCAUGCUGCACCUGCUGCACCCGCUGUAUCUGCCACAACACCAUCCUCCGCACCGAUUGCUGAGAGCACACCGGCCGCCCCCACAAGCGCUGCGGUACAGCCACAAAAUCUUUUCACCGCAGCUGCCCAGGCUGCCGCCAAUGCUCGUCGCGGUGCUACUGGCGAGCCACAAGGUGGAAACGGAGGAGACAUUGAGAACCUUGCAUUUUUGAGAGAUCAGCCUCAGUUCCAGCAGAUCCGAGAGAUGGUCCAGAACAACCCCGACCUGCUCCAGCCUCUUUUGAUCCAACUCGGACAGUCUAACCCUCAGAUGCUGCAGCUCAUUAAUCAGAAUCAGCAAGCAUUCUUGCAACUCCUGAACGAGGGAUACGAGGGCGAAGAGGGUGGUCUUCCACCACCAGGUGCUAACCACAUUUACGUGACACAGGCUGAGCAAGAGGCUAUUCAACGUCUGGAGAGCUUGGGUUUCGACCGCCAAACGGCAGUGGAGGCAUUCUUGGCUUGCGAUCGCGACGAGCAAAUGGCAGCGAAUUAUUUGUUUGACCACGGCAACGAUGACUUUGAGGAUGAGAUGCAGUAGUCGACUAUUCAUAUCAUAUCUCUCUUCGUAUUUUUCAUGAUUGCAUAAGGAAGCGCAGCCGUCCGAUGUAGCUUUCUUCCCUCGUCCUCCCUCUCGCCCUUGCCCUCGCCUUUACCCUCAACUGUAUGAUCGUUUUUAUCUUUUUGAACGAGCUGCCUGACCUCGCAAAUCAAAUAAAACGUGUGUACAAACAAAGAGAUUAAAGUCUGUGGUCAAG